GCAGGCUGAGGCUGGAAGGGGUGGGGGGUGAGUCUGGGGCGCUGCCUUCUGAAGCUCUUUCCUGUGGAGGAGAGGGCCGGCCAAUGAGGGCUGGGCCUAUCACGUGGGCCUGACAGCUGGGGAGGGGGUGGCUGGAGACAAUGUGUCCCCAAGGCAGCCAGCGCCAAAACCUGCAGUACUGAGACCCCCAGCCUGCUCAAUAAAAGCCCUCAACCCUUGGGCGACCAGGACGCAGCCCCACCAUGUUCUCCAGGAAGAAACGGGAGCUCAUGAAAACCCCUUCUAUCUCGAAAAAGAACCGGGCAGGAAGUCCCAGCCCACUGCCCUUGGGGGAGCUGCCCAGGAAAGAAGGGGCUGAAGCCGUGUUCCCUCCACCAAGCUUGGAGCCACCAGCUACAUCCUCGGGUGUCAAGGCCACAGGCACACUGAAGCGGCCCACCAGCCUGAGCCGCCAUGCCAGUGCAGCUGGCUUCCCACUGUCUGGUGCUACCUCCUGGACACUAGGCCGGGGCCACCGAAGUCCUCUGGCAGCCGCCAGCCCCAGCGAGCUACCUACGGAGGGUCCCUGCCCUGAUGCUAUUGAGGACAUCUCCCACCUGCUGGCCGACGUGGCCCGUUUUGCUGAGGGCCUAGAGAAACUCAAGGAGUGUGUGUUGCGCGAUGACCUCCUUGAGGCCCGCCGGCCAUUGGCCCAUGAAUGCCUGGGUGAGUCAUUACGUGUAAUGCGCCAGGUCAUCUCCAAGUACCCGCUGCUGAACACCGUGGAGACACUCACGGCUGCUGGCACCCUCAUUGCCAAGAUCAAAGCUUUCCAUUAUGAAUGCAAUAAUGAGUCAGACAAGAGGGAGUUUGAGAAGGCCCUGGAGACAAUCGCCGUGUCCUUUAGUAGCACUGUGUCUGAAUUCCUCAUGGGUGAAGUGGACAGCAGCACCCUCCUGGCAGUACCUCCUGGGGACCCUAGCCAGUCCAUGGAGAACUUGUAUGGAUCAGGCAAUGAGGGCACCCCUCUCAGCGCUGAGGACUGUGACACAGGCUGCCUGCCUCCAGAGGAGGUAGACCUGCUGCUACAGCGCUGUGAGGGUGGUGUGGAUGCUGCCCUGCAGUAUGCCAAGAACAUGGCCAAGUACAUGAAGGACCUCAUAGGCUACCUGGAAAAGCGGACCACCCUGGAGAUGGAGUUUGCCAAAGGCCUGCAGAAGAUCGUGCACAACUGCAGACAGAGCGUUAUGCAGGAGCCCCACAUGCCUCUCUUGUCCAUCUAUUCACUGGCCCUGGAACAGGACCUGGAGUUUGGGCAUGGCAUGGUGCAGGCAGUAGGCACGCUGCAGACCCAGACAUUCAUGCAGCCCCUGACCCUGCGGAGGCUUGAGCAUGAGAAGCGCAGGAAAGAGAUCAAAGAGUCCUGGCACCGCGCCCAGAGGAAGCUGCAAGAGGCAGAGUCCAACCUGCGCAAGGCCAAGCAGGGCUACAGUCAGCGCUGUGAGGACCAUGACAAGGCCCGCUUCCUUGUGGCCAAGGCUGAGGAGGAACAGGCAGCCACCGGGCCUGGGGCUGGCAGUGCAGUCUCCAAGAACCUGGACAAACGGCGGCGGCUGGAAGAGGAAGCCAAGAACAAGGCAGAGGAGGCCAUGGCCACCUAUCGCACAUGCGUGGCAGAUGCUAAGACACAGAAGCAGGAGCUGGAAGACACCAAGGUGACAGCAUUGCGGCAGAUCCAGGAGGUCAUCCGACAGAGUGAUCAAACAAUCAAGUCGGCCACUAUCUCCUACUACCAGAUGAUGCACAUGCAGACAGCCCCACUGCCAGUACACUUCCAGAUGCUGUGUGAGAGCAGCAAGCUGUAUGACCCAGGCCAGCAGUAUGCCUCCCACGUGCGCCAGCUGCAGCGUGGGGAGGAACCCGACGUGCACUACGACUUUGAGCCCCAUGUUUCCACCAAUGCCUGGUCCCCCGUCAUGCGUGUCCGAAAGGGCAGCUUCAACACUGGUGAUGCUGCAGGAGCAGAGACCACCGGCAGUCCCCUAGAGGAAGGUGGCUCCCAUGAGGAGACACUUUCCAAAGGACACAGGGGUGGACGAGGACACCAGGUACAUAAGUCGUGGCCGAUCUCGAUUUCAGAUUCAGUUGGCAAUCUGGACACUGGCACCAGCUCAGGGGACUUUAAGAAGUUUGAGCGAACAUCGUCCAGUGGCACCAUGUCCUCCAGUGAGGAGCUGGCAGACCAGGAGGGUAGUGCAGGAGCUUCAGCCUUUGAGCAGGAUGACCUGAACGGCAUGGCCCCUGAACUACCAGCUAUGCCCAGUGGGCCCUUCCGCAACGUAGGGCUGUCCAAGGCUGCCCGCACCCACCGGCUCCGAAAGCUCCGCACACCAGCCAAGUGCCGGGAGUGCAACAGCUAUGUCUACUUCCAGGGUGCUGAGUGUGAGGAGUGCUGCUUGGCCUGCCACAAGAAGUGUCUGGAGACCCUGGCCAUCCAGUGUGGCCACAAGAAGCUGCAGGGCCGGCUGCAACUCUUCGGUCAGGACUUUGGCCAGGCGGCCCGCGGCACCCCUGAUGGUGUGCCCUUCAUCAUCAAAAAGUGUGUCUGCGAGAUCGAGCACCGGGCGUUGCGUACAAAGGGCAUCUACCGGGUCAAUGGGGUAAAGACACGUGUGGAGAAGCUGUGCCAGGCCUUUGAGAACGGCAAGGAGCUGGUGGAGUUGUCACAGGCCUCACCCCAUGACAUCAGCAAUGUCCUCAAGCUCUACCUGCGCCAGCUGCCCGAGCCACUCAUCUCCUUCCGCCUCUACCACGAGCUCAUGGGGCUGGCCAAGGAGAGCCUGAAGGCAGAGGCUGAAGCCAAGGCGAGUUCGCGGGGCCGGCAGGAUGCCUCUGAGAGUAAGGCUCCGGCACCAGAGGUGGCUAUGGCAGGCCGGCUGCGGGAGCUUCUGCGGGACCUGUCGCCUGAGAACCGGGCCACGCUGCAGUACCUGCUGCGGCACCUACAGAGGAUCGUGGAGGUGGAACAGGACAACAAGAUGACCCCUGGGAAUCUGGGCAUCGUGUUUGGGCCCACCCUGCUGCGGCCCCGACCCACUGAGGCGACUGUUUCCCUCUCCUCACUGGUGGAUUACCCCCACCAAGCCCGCAUCAUUGAGACCCUCAUCAUCCAUUAUGGCCUGAUCUUUGAGGAUGAACUGGAGGAGGCACCUGAAAGCCAAGGUGGGUCAUCCAACCAGCAGGCGGAAGUGGUUGUCCAGGUACCAUAUCUGGAGGCCAGUGAGGGGGUUGCCUAUCCCCUGCAAGAGGAGACAGAGGAUGGGGGACAAGAAUCCCGUGUUGCAUCCAAUGACUCUGACUCAGAGCUGGAGGAGGCCUCCGAUGUAUUGUCAUCAUCAGGCGCCAGUGCCCUACACCACUUCAACUUCCUAGAGAAGCAGGAGAGUGAGGCCAGCUUGGAGGAGGGUCCCCGCAGCGGCAGUGGCAGCGAGGAGCAUCUGGAGACCACAGCUGGGGAGGAUGGUGAUGAAGAUGAGGAUGGUCCAGCUCAACGGCUCUCCACAUACAACACCAACCAGUCCAACAAUGUGAUGUGGGUCUGGCUGCCCACCAUGGGACUCCGUGGUGGGCGGAUUGCAAUGGAUACCUGCUAAGAGAGCCAGCCAGAGUAUGUCAGAGCUGAGGCAGGGUCCACAGCCAGCUUCUCUCCUAAGAGCUCCUGACCUGGGGCGCAGCUCAGCCACAUUGUUCUGGGGUGGCUGCCACAAGCACCUGGACUUGGAUAAUCCCACCAAUACAUAACUUCUUCCUUUUACCCCACACGGCGGAGAGGAGCCCAGAAGCUUCCAGGAGCAUGAGGGGUCAGCAAGGCUGUGGGAACUCUGCACACCCCUCCAUGACCUGGAGCUACGGGUACCCAUGGGACUGUGUGGAUGGAGGAAACUGUCCCUACUUAGGGUACCUCUCACUCCCCCCUGGGGCAUUGUGGCGGGCGCCUGUAGUCCCAGCUUCUCGGGAGGCUGAGGCAAGACAUGUAGACAGCAGGCCCUGCCCUGACCUCUUCUUGUCAUGUUGUCUGGACAAAAGCAGCAUCUGGGGCAGGAGGCCAUUCUAGAAGCCAUGGAUGGGGUGGAGGCCGGCCUUUGGUGCAGCUUCCUGGGUCAUAGGUUGGCUGGGCCCAGACACCACCUUCAGGACAGCCUCACUUUUUUUUUUGUAGAAACAGAGUCUCACUUUGUCACCUUUGGUAGAGUGCUGUAACGUCACAGCUCACAGCAACCUCCAGCUCUUGAGCUUACGCGAUUCUCCUGCCUCAGCCUCAUGAGCAGCUGGGACUACAGGCGCCCGCCACAACUCCCGGCUAUUUUUUUGUUACAGUUUGGCCAGGGCUGGCGCUCUACUCACUGAGCCACAGGCACCGCCUGGACAGCCUCACUUUUUUAAAAAACUAGGCUUGGAUACCUGGGAUAUAGGUACAUGAUGAAGUUGCUUACAGGUUACAAUGUAAUUCUUUGACAUGCACAUUUACUUUGUUUCAAAUAAAGUUUUUAAUCUG